CGCCCCUCGCUGAUGUGUCUGCGUGGGCUUUAUGCUGCGCCUCAAUACUGUCAACAUUCAUCUUUGCUUUCAGCUUCCUUUCUUGUGAUCGUGGUUCCUUCGUCAGCCAUCUUUCGGGAAAAUGCGUGAGUGCAUCUCUAUUCACGUGGGUCAGGCUGGUGUCCAGAUUGGCAAUGCCUGCUGGGAACUCUACUGUCUUGAACACGGCAUCCAGCCGGACGGACAGAUGCCCAGCGACAAAACCAUCGGAGGUGGAGACGAUUCCUUCAACACCUUCUUCAGUGAGACUGGAGCUGGAAAGCAUGUCCCCAGGGCUGUGUUUGUGGAUCUGGAGCCUACUGUCAUAGAUGAGGUCCGCACUGGAACAUACCGCCAGCUGUUCCACCCUGAGCAGCUCAUCACAGGAAAGGAGGACGCUGCUAACAACUAUGCUCGUGGUCACUACACCAUUGGCAAGGAAAUUAUCGAUCUGGUCUUGGACAGGAUCCGCAAACUAGCUGACCAGUGUACAGGCCUGCAGGGUUUCCUGGUCUUCCACAGCUUCGGUGGUGGAACCGGUUCUGGUUUCACCUCCCUGCUGAUGGAACGCCUGUCUGUUGACUACGGUAAGAAGUCCAAGCUGGAGUUCUCCAUCUACCCAGCUCCCCAGGUGUCUACAGCUGUGGUGGAGCCCUACAACUCCAUCCUAACCACACACACCACCCUCGAGCACUCCGACUGUGCCUUUAUGGUAGACAAUGAAGCCAUCUAUGACAUUUGCCGUAGGAACCUCGACAUUGAGCGUCCUACAUACACUAACCUGAAUAGGCUGAUUAGCCAGAUUGUGUCCUCCAUCACUGCCUCUCUCCGUUUCGAUGGUGCCCUCAAUGUCGAUCUUACUGAAUUCCAGACCAACUUGGUGCCCUAUCCCCGUAUUCAUUUCCCACUGGCCACCUAUGCUCCAGUGAUCUCUGCAGAGAAGGCUUACCACGAGCAGCUCUCUGUGUCCGAAAUCACAAACGCCUGCUUUGAGCCGGCCAAUCAGAUGGUAAAAUGUGACCCACGUCACGGUAAGUACAUGGCCUGCUGCCUGCUGUACCGUGGUGAUGUGGUGCCCAAAGAUGUGAAUGCUGCUAUUGCCACCAUAAAGACAAAGCGCAGCAUCCAGUUUGUGGACUGGUGUCCCACUGGGUUCAAGGUGGGCAUCAACUACCAGCCCCCCACAGUGGUUCCAGGUGGAGACCUGGCCAAGGUGCAGAGGGCUGUGUGCAUGCUGAGCAACACCACGGCCAUUGCAGAGGCCUGGGCUCGUCUCGAUCACAAGUUUGAUCUGAUGUACGCCAAGCGUGCCUUCGUGCACUGGUAUGUGGGUGAGGGUAUGGAGGAGGGUGAGUUCUCUGAGGCCAGAGAGGACAUGGCUGCCCUAGAGAAGGAUUAUGAGGAAGUUGGUGUUGACUCUAUUGAAGGUGAGGGAGAGGAAGAAGGAGAGGAAUAUUAGAGGGUGGGAACAAAAAUGGAAAUUAAAGCAUGUAUGUACACAUGAUAUUCCUUAAGUAUCAAGUGUAAACUUUACAUCUGUAUUUGUACUAUUGUUAAUGUCUUGGCCAGUAUAAUGUGACUGAAUAAAAUCAUGACUGAUUUAA